AUGACAAACGCCGUGUCAGUAACAACCAACGAGAACUGCCCAAUUGGCCAAAACACUGGAUCCAACAAAAAUACGAUGUCGCCCUCUGAAAUAUCCAUUGAGCAAUUGCCGAAUCUCGCAUCGAACUGGUCAACUUUUCUCAGAGAUAUUACCAACGAUCGAAAGCUGCGAGCUGAGCGCAUUAAUCGGCAGUCGGAAAAUGUCAUCCAAUUUAUAAAUAGAUUCCCGCUUCUGGAAUCCUCCUGA